GUCAUUCAUCAAAUCUGCGAACCGCAUGCAAAGGUGUUGAGGAUAGCAAUUGUUCGAAAGUCUAUGAUGCAAGCUUUAGUCGAGUUUGAAAGUGCCGAGAAUGCGAAGAAGGUCAAGCAUGCAAUCAAUGGUGCAGAUAUCUAUUCGGGAUGUUGUACGUUGAAAGUGGAGUUCGCUAAGCCGGAAUACGUGAAAGUCACCCGUCAAGAUUCUGAUCAGUGGGACUUCACGCUAGGUGAAGGUGGUGGAAUGCGCCCUGUUCCUUCGGGUUAUCAUGGGGAUUAUGGAGACUGUGAACCAUCGCCCCAUUAUCCUCCUGUCGGUGGAACUGGUUGUGUACUCAUGAUCUAUGGUAUUGAUCAUGAAAAGCUGAAUUGCGAGAAGUUGUUCAAUCUGUUAUGUCAAUAUGGAAAUGUCCUCAGGAUUCGUUUUAUGGCUACAAAGAAAGAUACGGUGAUGGCUGAACUUGGAACUCCAACAGCGGUCGGAAACGCCAUAAAGUAUCUGCAAGGAAUCACAUUAUUUGGGCUCACACUGCAAUUGAAGCCAAGCAUUCAGGCUGCCGUGCGAGACGUG